CGAAGAAAGCUUCACACGUUUUGAGGAAGGAAUUAACUGGCGGUCGUACGUGGUUUGCGACGUGAACUACCCUAGCGUCAACAACUGGCUAUGGACGCCGUUCAUUGAGCGCGGUCCUGCCAACAUGAUGUACGUCGAGAUCAAGUUCUCCAUGCGCGACUGUUCGCUGUUCCCGGGGACUGCGCUAUCGUGUAAGGAGACUUUCUCUUUGUUGUAUUAUGAAUUCGACGCGGCUACCAAGGAGCCUCCUUUCUGGGAGUCCGAGAGCUACAAACUCAUCGACAGGAUUGCAGCCGACGACGGAAGAUUCACCAACAACAACGAAGUAAUCAUCAACACAGAAGUGCGGUCCAUCCCCGUCACCAAGAAGGGUGUCUAUUUCGCCUUGCGUGAUCAGGGAGCCUGCAUCUCGCUUCUUUCAAUAAAGGUAUACUACAUGACUUGUCCUGAGAUCACAGUCUCGUUCGCGCAUUUCCCCACUACGCCCACGGGAGCCAAAGUAACGAGCAUCGAACAAGCGACGGGCACUUGCAUCGAGCACGCCAGGGUCGAGCGGGAGCCCGUCUACCUCUGCACCGCCGACGGCCAGUGGUCGCUGCUUACCGGGGGCUGUGUGUGCAUGCCAGGCUACCAGGCCAACGUUGAAACUCAGACCUGUGAUGUGUGUCCGCCUGGUCAGUUCAAGCACGGCGUCGGGGAACUGGAGUGCUCAGGGUGUCCGGAGCACAGCGCUGCCCCGCACUCCGGCUCCACUGAGUGCCGUUGCGACACCGGUUACUACCGCGCCAACCACGACCCUAAGGACAUGCCUUGCACUCGCCCUCCCGGCAAGCCGCGCAACCUGACCGCGACGGUACUCGACCAAAGCACCGUGGAGCUGUCGUGGCUACCGCCGCUGCUGCACGGCGGCCGCAGCGAUACCGUGUAUAGGGUCGUGUGUGAUGCGUGUGGCAGUCAGGUGGCUUUCGUGCCUCCUCAAGUGGCUGAGGAAGGGUUCAACACCACAGACGUGAAGGUGCGCGGGCUGAACCCUGUCACGGCCUACCGCUUCCAAGUGAUCGCCGAGAACGGCGUCUCGGACCAGGCGCCUCACCACUCCAACGUGGCCGUCACCGUCACCACUGAGGCUGCAGGGAGCUUUCGCGCCCUACCUUCCGAUAACAAAGGACCGUCGAUGGUUCGCAACGUGCGCAUCACGAGCGUCAAAAGCACCGAGAUUUCUCUUGCGUGGCAGCCACCGCUUGACGCUGCGUCGGAGGUCGAGAUGUAUGAGGUACAAUAUUACGUGAAGGGCCACGAGAACAACUCGUCCACCAUCCUGACCACCAAGGAAGAGUCUUCCCUCGCUGGCCUGCGGCACCGAACUGUCUAUGGCUUCCGGGUACGGGAGAAAACUGUUGCUGGCUGGGGUGAAUAUUCUGCUCCUGUCUACAAAGAAACCGGACAACUUUUCAACACAGGUCUGAACUUGGAGUUACGUUUUUCCAAGCCCGCAUUUAUGUUCAGCAGAAACACGGACGAGUGCAACAAGAAACAACCUUCUGACUGUGACACUCUGGAGUACAGGAAUGGUGAAGGACUCGUAGUCACCUACAGCAAAUUGCACGGAGUGCUGGAGAACCCACCCAUAGUACAGACUCACACGGCUGGCAGCAUGACUGCACCUCUCUUCACCCCCGCGGGCCACCAUCGCACCUACAUCGACCCCCACACUUACGAAGACCCAAAUCAGGCGAUCCGCGAGUUCGCGCGCGAGAUCGACGCGUCGUACAUUACCAUUGAGGCGAUUAUUGGCGGUGGCGAAUUCGGUGACGUCUGCAAGGGCAAACUUACCUUGCCUGGCCGACCUGAGAUGACUGUUGCCAUCAAGACUUUGAAACCCGGAUCAUCAGACAAGGCGCGAGUGGACUUCUUGACCGAAGCCUCUAUCAUGGGGCAGUUCGAACACCCGAACGUAAUUUUCCUACAAGGCGUCGUGACCAGAAGCAAUCCCGUCAUGAUCAUCACCGAGUACAUGGAGAACGGAUCGCUCGAUCACUUCUUGAGGGUGAACGACGGCAAGUUCCAGGUGCUGCAGCUGGUAGGGAUGUUGCGUUGUAUUGCGUCAGGCAUGCAGUACCUCAGCGAGAUGAACUACGUACACAGAGACCUCGCUGCCAGGAACGUGCUUGUCAACGCCCAACUCGUCUGCAAGAUUGCCGACUUUGGCCUGUCCAGAGAAAUUGAGAGUCACACUGAGGCAGCUUAUACCACUAGAGGCGGCAAAAUUCCGGUUCGCUGGACGGCUCCUGAAGCGAUCGCGUUCAGGAAGUUCACGAGCGCCUCUGACGUGUGGAGUCUCGGCAUUGUGAUGUGGGAGGUGAUGAGCUACGGCGAGCGGCCCUACUGGAACUGGAGCAACCAGGACGUCAUCAAGAGCAUAGAGAAGGGCUACCGCCUACCCGCCCCGAUGGAAUGUCCUGAGGCGAUCUAUCAAUUGAUGCUCGACUGCUGGCAGAAAGAACGCAAUCAUCGUCCGUCCUUCGCGUCCAUCGUCCACACUCUCGACAACCUCAUUAGAACACCUGAAGCUUUGGCCAAAGUCGCCCAAAACAGAUGCCAGACCGCUCUUGGUCUGGACUCUACAGACCUGACCCAGCUGGGCUCGGUUGAGGAGUGGCUGUCAUCACUGAAAAUGUCGCGGUAUCUCGAGAACUUCGAGAGCGCCGGACUGUCAGACGUGCAGUCGGUGGCGCGUCUCAACCAACGCGACCUAACCACUCUCGGCAUAACGCUCGUCGGUCAUCAAAAGAAAAUAUUACAAAGUAUUCAAACCUUACGAACGCAGCUUGCCGUCAGUAUGGCUGAAGGAUUCUUAGUUUAAUAAGCUCACUCAUUAUAGAUCUUUUCUAAUCUCCGCUAUGCGGGUUUCCGUAUUAUCUUUGCAACGUCUUCAUCACGCACUAAGUUGCUUCUGUAUAAUUUUUUCCCCUUCCAUAUCCUUUUCUUUGUAUGUUAAAUUCUGCCUGGAACACUUGUUGAAAAAGGUGUGUGAAGUGUGUGAAAUUAUCGGAAAACUUGAUUUCUUUAAAAUAUUUCAUAUUUUAAUAAUUUCAUUGUUCGUUCAUAGAAAGACGUCGAUUAAUUAUUUGUGGUAUAGUUGUGGUUAGAAUUUAUUUAAUUCGAGCUGAUUUUGUGCUAUUGAUAAUAAGUCAGUUUAUGUCAUUUGAUCAAAUUAGUUUUCUCAUAAUUUUUAUAGAAUAUUUCAAAAUUAUAUUUCACAGGGAUGAUUUACAACACCAUACUUAUCUAUUUAACAUUUCUCUCAGUAGUUUGAAAGAAAGGAGUGUAUUUUUAAUUUAUUUUGUUGAUUGUUUUGGAUAUUAUUUAGCCCCGAGCUUUGAACUAUUUUAAGAGAGGAAAUUAUCGUGUUUUAGAGAGAUGCUUCGUUGUUCCUAGAGACUCUGUGCUCGACUGCGAGUCCAAAUUAUGAACAACGUCUUAAAUAAUGACCAACUUGUAGUGUAAUGAUUCAAUGCGUGGUAUAGUACUAAAUUUCAUGGUAGUUAUCUAUUUAAUUAUAAAAUUAUUUUUUUUGGCGUUAAUACUGCACUUAUUUUUGUACUAUCCUAUGCAUUUAUGUUGAAUUUGAUGGCUAUUUCUUUGCAUCGUAAACAAUUCACGCUGGCUCUGUAUAUUUCUAAUCAAUUUUAAUUUCUUAAAAUGUUUAACUUCCAUAAUAGACAUUUAUUGGACCAGUUUUACUUUCAUAAUUGUUUUGGAUUACGGGCGUUUAGUUGGCUUUUGUUUUUGCUUCACUGUUAGUAUUCUGUAUCAUUGCUUUCCUAUUAUCCAUUUCUUUUACUUCAAUUACAAGUUGGCAGUUCAUACGCUCAUUUUAUAAUUGCGUUACGUACACUCGCUCCUCCUGAAACAUAUCAUUAGUCGCCAUUGGUCGGCGUGCCUCAGCGUUCCAUAUUUCAUGCAAUAAAUUACCUUAGAAAAUUAUUAACUCUACUUCGUAGUUGCGGAGGACCUUCUUGGCUAUCGUACACGGCCGGAUGUUUGCAGCCGCGCACUAAUUAUAUGUAAAUUUGUCCUGAUUUUUUAGUGAUUUUAUCCAAUCUAAAACUAAUGUCGUUAUCGAGCUUUAUGAACCCGCUGUUUGUUUCUUGCUCUGCAUAUUUUUACCAAUAACAUCGAUACUUAAAAGCAUUUAAUUGACUUUCAUAAAAAGAGAGGUCUUAAGACUCAUGUCUUAAGACUUUCAAUAAUAAAUUGACUCCAUUUCCGCGCUUUAGUUAUUCACUUGUUGAGGAAAAUUAAACUCGCAUAUAACAAUCAUGAUACGAAGUUUUGUUUUCUGAAGGAAAUUAAGUACAACAAUAGAAACAGAAACGCUGUUAUUUUGGAGCCUGAAGUAUAUGUCUGCGCGAUAACUUAUUCUUCAUGUGCUAGCAGAUUAUAAAACAACCAAGUUUAUGCACUCGGCAAAUCAAGUUGUAUGAAUCAAAUUUUCAAUUGUUCCUUGCUGUUCAUCUCUCGGUGCUGGCUUUGCUUCAGGAAAAUAGUAAUACCGUUCACUUAUUUUAGAGGACGCCGAAGCAGCAAUGGCUUCAAGCGACCGUUACUCAGAUCAGUAGUCCAUCCAUGUUUUAUUGUUGUAUGGAUAGCGUGUAUUUUGAAUACUAUAUCCUCUCUGUGUAGACUGAUAGUGUGUCUAUGAUAAUAACUGUUAAUUUCAUCGUCGUCAAGUAGAUUACAAAUUUCUAUAAUAAUGAUGAUGAAAAACUGAGAAGGAAAGCUUCUUUGUACUCGUCAAGCCUGUGGUAGCAGCUUUAUUUUCAGCGUCAGUUUCUACUCCUUACUUCUUGUCUUGGUGAAAUAACUCGCGUAUCGACGGCGUUCUCGUGCAGCUGCAAUGAUAGACAAAAUCAAAUUAUUUUUUAGUUUAUUGGGGAUAUCGGGUCUCUACUUGUUUUUAUAUUCACUAUAUUUACUUCUCUUAGACGCGUUUCGUAGGCAAAUACUCUGAAUUUAUUUUGGCUUGGGUAAAUUGAAGUUUGUUGCGAGCGCAGUGUGUAGCUUAGUGCGCCGCUCCUCGUAGUGCAAGCCUGCCUGCAUUGGCUGAGAUGUAAAUAGGAAAAUUUCUCUUUGAUUGACUUUUUAGACUAGCUCAUGUAAUCCUUCCAUGUUCAUACUAUUUUCUAUUGUAUAUCAUUAUAAUCUAAAGCUGUUGGCACGCGCGUCAAUAUCGUGCGUCCGAACUAAGAUGAUGAAAAUUAUAUUGUGAUGACGUAGCUUAAAAAGCUCAAUGUUUAACAAAAUCUGACUCUGACUCAAUAAGUAUUGCCGGAUAAUCAAAAGAGAACAGCCUUGGAACAUCACAAAGUUGAACUUCACCUCUUAUUAUCUGCUUGAUAGAAGCUCUUAAUUGCUCAUAUAAUCAAUAGGUGACUGGUAUUAUAUUAAUGCUUUACGGAGUUCACAUCGUAGAAUGAUGCAAUUUUGUGUCUUUCGAUAAUUCUAAGGUUGACGAAUUAUUAAAUAAAAAACUAAUCAAAAGGCCCGUUACCUGAAGAUAAUGCCUUGGGUUAGUUAUGAAUUGCACAGUUUUGACGAUUGGCGAGACUUUAUUGGUCGUGUGACCGUAUAACGAGGUGUGCUGUAGCGCUUAGUUCUCUAUGUCACUGUGUCUGUGCAAGAAAACGUUUCUAUCUUUUACAAUUUCGUCCCGUCAGUUUAACAGUUUGCUAAGAUGACGACAAUGAGCACGGAGCUACUUCUUCAUGACUAGUGAAAUUGAAAUGUGGACUAUGACAUGUUUGCCCUCUUGAUACGAGGCAAUUCUCGGUCCGAUAUUUUGCUCCUUACUUGGAUCUGUGUGUGUUGUAUGCGGCAGUGAACACGGCUGAUUAUUUUGCGCUCACAGGACCGAGUAGAUCUCACAGUUCGGUCGAUC